CCUCCUCCCCGCCGCUUUUCUUCUUCCCCUGCUCCUCCUAUAAAUCUUGCCUCCGGCGGCCUCCAUCCUUUCCAAUCUCUCCCAACCCCAUUCCUUCAUUCAUUCAUUCAUUCACCAUCCCCUCCCCUCCUCCCCUCCCCUCCCACAGAGAAAGAGAGAGAGAGACCAAGAUGUUCGCCAACGCGGGGUUGAGCUUCUCCCCAUCCUACCCUUCUUCGCCGCCGGGGCCGGCCUCGGGCUACUCCUACUCCUACUCCUACUCCCCCGUCUUCUCCGACCCAGGCCACUCCUUCUCCACUUCCUCCUCAUCCGCUGCUCCGGCGCAACCGCCGCCGCCGCCUCUGCCUCUCCUGCAUCAACAUCAAGCCGCCGCUGAACGGGAAGACGACAUCUUCCACCACCUCGCGGACAUGGGGCAGCCAUCCCUGAUAUCAGAGUAUGACCUGGGAGCAGAGGGCGACCUGUUCAAGGCACCUGAGCCCAUAGUCGAGGAACCGCUGCUCGCCCUCGACCCGGUCGCGGCCGCCAUCUCCAUGAUGUCCGGCGGGGAGGACGACAACGCCAUCAGUGCCUCAGACAUGGGCCUGAGCGAGGCGCUGUACGAGUGCGAGAAGGAGCUCAUGGAGGAGUCGGCCAUCGAGGAGACCAUAUCGGAGCUGCUGGACGUCAAGAUCCCCAUGCUGCAGGUCGAGGACGUCCCCGGGGAGCUCAGGGCCUCCUCCUCGUCGACAGUUGCUGCUGGUGAAUGCUCGCUCCAGAAGAGCGUCAGCUCCGGGUGCCUCAACUCCGCGGACUGGAUGAACGGGUCGGCGGCGAGGCCCAACUUCCUCGACUUCCAAGGGCUCGACUUCGAGGCCGCCUUCGGGCUCCGGCGAGCCUACAGCGAGGGUGACAUUCAGAACCUUGGUGGCAAUACCCCUCGGCCUGAGAUCGCGGGAAACGCGCACGCAUCUGGUGAGAGGCUUGUGACCAUCAGUGACCUGAAAAGCGAGGAAAGGAAGCAGAAGCUCUCCAGGUACAGGAAGAAGAAGAUCGAGAGGAACUUUGGCAGAAAGAUCAAGUAUGCUUGCAGGAAGGCUCUGGCAGAUAACCAGCCGAGGGUGCGGGGGAGGUUCGCCAAGAUGGACGACGGCGACAUGCUCAAGCCGAGGAAGUAGACCGCCAUGGAAGGCCGCUGCGAAGCUGAUGAGGAAGUUAGACAAGGUUGCUGCAGGAAGCGGAUGAGCGCGUUGAGGUGCAGCGGGUAGGCGUCAGGCAUGUGGAGUUUGGCGGCAGUGAACCAUUCAGUCGCAACGUCGCCUUGGCUGCUAUACAGAGAAGCGUUUCUGAGAUGGCCAAGAUCUUGCCUUAGUCUUGAACAUGAACAACACUAGUACUUAAGAAGACUCUGACAGCAUAGAGUUUACGAGUGUUGUGUUGAGGAUAGGAGUGUCUCAUGUAAAAGAGUCCGUUUGCAUUGAGAGAGUGUGUUAUAAAAAGGAGCAGAGGGUUGUGUGACUCAUGUAAGUGAGGAAGUGGAUGGUGCAGAGGUGUUAGUAGGAGAGGAGGGAAUUCCUUAUUUCUGCCAGAGAAGAGAAGAAGGAUUUGGGUGACCUUGCGCUGCCCGUCAGCAGGACAGGAGCCAUGGGAAUGAUGCUUUGGAUGUGUUGAGGCUUGGUUCAACCUUGCACAAUCCAACAACUUGCAUGCCUCAUCAAGACGCAUCGACUCAAUGUUAUCGUUCUUUUUAAGCUAUAUAGUCAAAAUAAAGGGUACGUUAAAAGUUUGGGAAA